CGAAAAAAAAAAAAGAAAGAGACGCAACAACAAAAUACUUACUGAACCUCCUUUGUCUUUCUCUGUAUCCUUUCACCUCGCUCAACCGGCAAAGUCUACCACCGGACUUUUCCAUAUUCAAAAGCCCAUAUCCUCCUACAAGGUACCAACCUGUCCUCAUCUGCGGUGGCUCCCAGUGCUUCCAAUCCAUGCGACAGACCAGUGUUGCUCGGUGACUCGGCGGAUACUUCAUUAUCUUCAGGUUUUGACAGAUCGAGACACUAAACUUCAGCCAAGUAACAACGGAGGUGCUGUUAAAGAUUAGUUAUUUUGGAAACUACCCCAACUAUUAAUCCCAAUUUCAUAUUCUCAGUAAGAGACAGGAUCUUUUCUCUGUUCUUGAAUCUUUAUACGAAGUCUCUCUAUCUGAUAAGGCUGAAUCGCGAUGGAUGCUAAUAGAGAAGAUCCAAACAGGAGGUUUUUAGCAACCCAGCAAUACUGGCCCAAUGGAAAAGAACUAGUUUUUAGAUUUCGCCUUUUCAGUAAGCAGGGUGACAGAGCUCCUCCCCCAACUUUUGUUUCAACUCAUGGGGAACGAUUAGGGCCAAUGUUAUAUGUCAUUGACGAGUUAGAUAAUUGUUUAGUGCUGGAGGUGAUAAGAAAGAAUGAUCAGUUGCUCAUAACUGAUUCCUCAUUUGAACAGAUUAGAACUUUUUAUCUUAUCGAUAGAGGGGCAUCUGUUCAAUUUAGGUAUGUUGGUUUUGGAAUUUUUUUUAUUUUAUUGUGGGAUAAGGACAACCAACCUAUCGAAGUUCACCUUGAUCCUGACUGCUAUGUUCCUGAGCUAAUGGACCCAGAGACACUUGAUAAUGUAUCAAGAGUGUUCCACAUAAAGUAUACCAGGAUGGAUGAGGACUCAUCAACUGAUGUGAUUGUUCUAUCUGGGUCUGAACCAUCGGAUGAUCAGUUUUCAUCAGAUGGUGAUGAAGACAAUGAUCAAGAUGGGGCCCUGGUAGGGGAUAAUCCACAUAAUCUGAUAGAUUUGUCGAGUGGAAGUAGUUUAUCAUUGGAGGUCAUUGAACAAAGUAACGCAACAAAUGAAUUGGCUGAUCCUAGAUAUACUCCAGAGGUUUCUUAUGAAAAGAAGAUCACAGCUUUGGAUCUCGGACAAUCUAGAUUGUAUUUGGCUUCAAAAUUUGCUGCGUAUCUUAAACUAUCUGGAAAUGGUUCGAUUUGGACGAUCACCAGUCCAGAUUCUAAUGUAGAGAAGAAUGUGUUCUUUUUUCACUUACUGAAUAGUGGAGGAAGACGUGGAGAAUGAAAAUUUGGGGUCCGGUGGAGUGAAUGUUGUAGAAUAUACAAUUUAAAGGAGGGUGAUAUCGUUACUUUGAAACUCAGCUCGAUAGCUAACCGCCAGAUAGAGUUAUCGAUUUAGCGACGUUAGGCCUCCUAUGUAUAACUCUAUUUGAUGGAUAUUUUGAAUUAUAUGUUAACUUGUCUUGGACAUAUUUUAUUUUUUGUUUAAUGAACAAAUUUAUAUAUGUUGUAUAUAUUUUGUUUUCUUAUCAAUAGGUAUCUUGAAGUUUUGUGUUUUUAAG